CAUCCGUAUCGUCGCAUCUAUAAAGAAAGCGCUGAUCGCCCAACUUCCCACCAUCAACUCGCAUCCUCCACCACAGGCAACCGACAGAGCCUGUCAUUGUUCCUCUUAAGGCGUACUCCGCUGCACUAUCAACAAGCCUGCCUGCCCACAUACAAGAUGUAUAGCUCUCUGAUUCUCGCACUCGCGCCUGCGGCUGCUCUGGCAGCUCCUAUUCUUGAGCAGAGGAAUGCCAUACCAGGCAAAUACAUUGUCAAGUUCAAGAACAAUCCCAACACACUUUCUACCAUGGCCUCAAUGAAGGUCGCACUGUCUAAGGAACCCGAGUACGAUUAUUCGUUCGGGUCGUUCAAUGGCUUUGCUGGUGAGCUGUCAGCUACUGAACUCGCAAAGCUGCAAGCCUCAGACUCUGUCGAGUACAUCGUUCCGGAUGCUGAGGUACAUACUCAAGACAUCCAGUAUGAAGCGAAUGCCCCAUGGGGCCUGGGCCGCAUCUCGCACGUCGAGAAGGGCAACACGACAUACGCAUACGAUUCAUCAGGCGGCGAGGGAACCUGCAGCUAUGUCAUCGAUACCGGAAUUUUUACCUCCCAUCCUGAAUUCGAAGGUCGCGCUGAGUGGCUCGAGAACUUCACUGGCGAUGGUCGGGACUCAGAUGGCGCUGGCCACGGAACCCACUGCGCUGGUACAAUCGGGAGUCUUACCUACGGUGUCGCGAAGAAGACAAAGCUGUAUGCUGUCAAGGUACUCGAUAGCUCCGGCUCUGGCACAUACGCUGGUGUGAUCGCCGGCAUUAACUACGUGACGAACGACCAUCCUACUCGGGACUGUCCUAAAGGCUCAGUUGCCAACAUGUCGCUUGGGGGCGGCAAGAACCAAGCCGUCAAUGAUGCCGUGGCCGCUGCUGUGGCAUCCGGCGUUUUCUUCGCUAUUGCCGCAGGAAAUAACAAUGGAAAUGCCGCAAACUACUCCCCUGCCUCAGAGCCAACUGCAUUCACUGUCGCUGCCUCCGAUAUCAACGACGCCAAGGCCUCUUUCUCGAACUACGGUGCCCUUGUUGACAUCUGGGGCCCCGGCGUCUCAAUCCUCAGCACCUGGAACGAUGGCAAGACCAACACCAUCUCCGGGACGUCUAUGGCUACUCCCCAUAUUGCCGGACUGGCUGCCUACCUUCUUGGUGCUGACGUCGCCACCGUGGACACCGUCGGCCAGGCCAUCGUUGACCUCGCUACGAAGAAUGCCCUGACCGGUGUCCCUUCUGGAACAAUUAACGCCGUUGCGUUUAAUGGUGUCACUGCAUAGAAUCUGGGCGCCGAUAAGUUCAUCGUAGAUCCAGCUCGCAUCAAGAUCGUCACUAUCGCAUCGACAGUCACAGCCUCGACAACCUCUAACUUCACUACGACUGUAGGUCUCCCACCCGGCCGCAGAUUUGCAGGUGCUGAGCCUACUUCUUUAUCCACCGUUUGACAGUCCAUACUACGUUGAGAAC